AUGCCCCCGGCAGCUUCGGACGAUUUGUUUCGCCAGCAGAGCCGGUUACCGGGCGACAUAGACCCUGUGGAAGCUACCAGUCCCCCAAAGCCCGAUAAUGAUACCGGAGGGAAAAGCAAGAAAAAGGGAAAAAGCGGCUCCAAGGCGAAGAACAAGGCUGCCAAAGUGACUCCAAAGGCACCCGUGGAAGAUUUAUUGGACGGGUCUCCGCCCUCACAAGUUGAGCCGUCUUCCUACCCUGAUCCGCCUACAGGGCCCCAAGUUGAUACCAAGAUUGUGUCGCCGGUCCUCGAUGCUCUGGACACGCUCAGGGACACCCCCGAGCAAGACUUGGCGUACCGCACGAAUAGUUGGGCUAGAUCAAUCCCGUUCGGAAAGAGCCCGCCAAAUGAAGGUCUUGAGGAGGACCUUGCCAGCGGGUCCCCUUUUGGUGGUUUCCUAACAAGUCAGGACAAGGGUGGUUUCAGCCAUCCAUCUUCCGCCUCUCCCCCACCCAGGACAAGGCCUCUCAGCUACGGGAAUGGUUACUCCAGCGGCGGCUUUUCGCGUCAGCAGUCGGUGGAUAGACACAAAAGCCAGUCUGUCAAUACUCCCUUUAGUGACCGGAUACCUCCACCACAUUUACCGCAGGCCCACUUCUAUCGAGCUCCUGAGAUUGAUAUUCCAUCACCCUCCGGUCAAAGUCGGUCCCCAAUGGAGGCGCAGUAUUCAUUCUGCGCGUUCGAUACGAUCUCCAGCCCUUCAUUCAAAUUGUCACGUAUGGCGGGCAGUGUUCUUCUUGUCGGCAGCGAUGGUACUUUGGAGGUAUUGGCUGUCGAAGACCGCAAGACCCGUCCGAUUGGACGUUUGGAUGGGAUCAAUGGCAGGGUAGUCGAUGCAAAGAUUCUGACAGGCGAUGACUCAACUUCAGCAUCCCGGCCGCAUGUGGCAGUUAUCGUUCAUGGCCCUUGUAUUCCAUCCGACGAUGAGGGUCGUGCUUCAUCUGCUGGCUCUGAAUCAAAUGACGUUUCAGUUCCCAUGGGGCGUUACUCUAGUGCUGAUAAACGCCUGAAUCGUGACGACACCCGGUUCUACCAAACAAGAGUCGAGAUAUACUCACUUCGGACGGGUGAUUACAUCGCAACACUUUUCACCACAAAACCCAGUCCAUGCUUCGAGAACAUCCCUGGACUCCCUAAUUUUGCGCCGGCACCUGCGGGAAAUCUAAAGCUUCUCACAAGCGGUAGCUAUCUUGUCCUAGCGUCUGGUAUGAGCGGAGAGGUCUAUAUAUAUAGUAUGAGCAGGUACCAGUGCCUAGGGAAAACCUGGACCAGUGUCCAGUCGAGGGAAACGAGGCGGUACUCCACCUCAUCGAGCUCAACGGACCCAGAUGCGUCUCGAAAUGACUCUCCUCAUGCAAUCGGCAAAUUUGAUAAUCCAAUUCUUGCACUGAAGGGGAGAUGGCUGGCAAUUGUACCGCCAUCAUCUACGUAUCGAGCAUCCCUCGGUGGAAUAGUACCAGCACCUUUGAUACAAGGGAAGGUCUUUGGGCUUGAGACUCGCAGUCCUCCAUCGCGUCCGGCGACUACCUGCGUCACCGAUGUAGGUGAGGGUGAGAGUUUUCUCGACAAAAUGGCUAGGGGUGUCACACAGGAGUUUGUGCGAGGAGCUCGCUGGAUGAGCGACCAGGGCUUGCAAGCCUGGAAUAAUUAUUGGAACAAAGACCAGCAGCAAACUUCCCAACAGCGCCGCUCCCAAGUUACGGACUUCCCGCAACAGGGAUACAACAUUUUCCCACCAACACAUGCUCAAGAGACUCAGACUACUUCGCCGGCCGAGCCAGAUCUAGUGUCAAUACUAGACCUCAGAAGGCUCGACGAAGGGGGAGACACGAAGAAUGCAAUUCUGUUCAGCCCUGCUGCCACAUUCCAAGUGCCGAAUGGUUGCAGUUUUCUGUCAUUCUCCCCUAGUGGUCUCAUGCUCCUCACAGCUAGUAAAAAAGGAGACGUGCAAUAUAUAUGGGAUCUAAUGCAAGCAAAGUAUUGCCGCGCUGGACUCUUCUUGUCCGAGGACUCAGCGGCAGUAGCUGCAAGUGUGCGCCAAGUCGCACGGUACUCCCGAUUGACAGAGUCGCAUAUCGUGGACGUAAUCUGGUGCCCACCUUCUGGAGACCGCCUAGCUGUGAUUACUCUCAAAGGAACAGUACAUGUCUUUGACCUCCCGAGAAGUGCCUUUCAAUGGCCUCCAUUCCGCAGAGCUCGACCUCCACGUGGAAAGCCGCCGACAAAUGAUGCUCCUCCUGAUGACCUAGCUGUGCGUCCGACAAACACGAACGCGCUAUCGACGGCCAUGAAACUUGUUGGGGGUAAGACCCAACCCAUAUUCGAGGCUGUCAGGGGCCGUGCGCCAUCUGCUGGUGCUGCAUUCCCCGCCAUGAAUGGAUUUACUAUCCCUGCUGCUGCUGGGAUGGGUGGCAAAGCGGCUGCUGGCCUUAGCAAAUCAAUGGGAGCUGCCGCGAGUGGAACAGUCAAUACUCUUCGACAUGUGGGAGAAAACCGACUGCACAUUUCUGGUUUUUCUCGCGAACCUGCUGCAUCCCGUGUCACCUGGAUUAUCCACAAGGGCCAACCGUUCUUAGCGCUGAUAUCAAAUGGCUACUUCCGACUGCACAGAAUCAAACGCUCGGUUUCUUCUAACAAACCAAAACAACCACAGUCGGUUGUUGGAAGUAAAGAAAUUGAGUUCCGGCUUCCUGCGAACUUGUCAAGUCCUUGUGGACCUAUGGCAAUCAGCAACUUCAAUCCGGAACUAGUUGUCCAUGCGUCUGUACCCCUGCCAUUGUCCACCGUGCGACCGUCUGCGUCAUCGAAGCUUAAGUGCCAGCCACUUUCCCAGGCAGAACUAGAAACCAAUGCGCCCUACCAGCCCUUCCAUACAGAUCAGAGGGUAAGCCUGUUUACUUACUCUGAAACGGGCGAAGCAGAUGACUCAAAGGAUACGGUUCCCAAUGGCCAAUGGGUUUUCGGUGGCAGUAUGCCAGUGUCCAAGAUACACGUUCGUCGAAUCAGCACCGGCAGCGACGACGAAGGCGACAAUGCUGUGCAUGAGCAUCAGCCUGGAUCGGGCGAGGGGAUUGAGAAUCUAAUCAGCAUGGGCAAUAGCACUGGCAACGUUGAAGAAGUGGUCAUUACUACCCGGCGGAAGAAGAAGCACUCAUCCUCCCCGCUCCACGCCGGUGGCGAAGACGGGUUUUUCGAAGACGAUUGUGAGGUACUGGAUUUCGCCGUUGAUCGAGUUUAA